GACGAAACCACUUUUGGAGUUUACAUACUUAUUAUUUCCGCUUUACCUGUACCUUAAAAAAUUCUAUGAAUGUGUACAGGUAAAAAUUCUAAAAACUAUAUAAAAUGAAGAAUACAGUGGUCCUUUUGGGUCUUCUGUGUUUAAUUGGCUCAUGUUUUGCUCUGGAAUGCUAUGUAUGUUUGGGUCAGAGAACAAAUAAAGACAAAUGCGUUAAGACAACCAUUCAGUGUGAGAAAGAGCAAGAUGCCUGCAGGACAGAAAUCAGAUGGCAGCAGCCGAGAUUCUGGCAGAGAGUCAGCGAGAGGUACCACAACAUCUCAAAGUCAUGUGAAACAAAAGCCACUUGUGAUGCCCAGUCAGCUGCUAUGGGAUUCAAGUGUAUGAGAGAUUGGUACCGGGACUGGAACUGUGUGGAGUGUUGUCAGGGAGACAGAUGCAAUUACUAUGUAACGUUGGGAGGAAGUUCUACACAGCUGAGUUAUGUUCUCUUGUCCAUUGCUUUGGUUUCCCAGGCACUUUACCAUCUGUACAGGUAGCCAUGGAAACAAGAUCAGAUCAUCAGACAGAAUCACAUCAUUUCAAAGCAAUGGCUUCAAUGUGAUAAUCUCAACAUAAAUUAAUGACUGUCAAAUAUUAAAACAAGAUAUUCAACUGAAACUUUAUUUUAUCUUUUGCAAUGAUAUCAAAACUUUUUUUUUUUUUUUUUUUUACUGAAAAUUGAUUUCUACGAUAAUGUACAUCCAUUUUUCAUAAACACCCUUGGUAGUGUUGGAAUUUAUCAUUUGCUAAUGACUAUUACAUGUAAGUACAGGAUACUUCAUGAUGGACAGAUUUUAUGUAAUACUUUGUACACGUUUUCGUAUUUAUCUAAAAGAAAAAAGAAAUCUUGUAGUGGUAUAUAGGUAUAAUUUCCAAAUGAGUCGUUUCAGUGCUCUGAACUUUUCUUAUUUCAUUUUCCAUUAAAAAUCUGCAUUACUACUUUCAUGCAUGCCAUUUGGAAGUAACUUUUUAUACAUUAGAUAUAUGCAAGGACAUUUUAAUACCUGUAUUGAUAAUGGAACUAGAUGUGAUAAUCAUGACUUGUAUCAAAGACUGUUGAUUCACUUUGUGUAUUUUUUAUUUCAUAUGUACAUGUAAAUCAUUGUAUAUUUUGAUCAUGUGAUCUGUACAUUCCAUUAUCUAUCAUUAUAUACUGUGUGAUUUUUGAGUGAAUGUGGAGAAAAUGUCAGUGUAAAGUGAGAAACCGCUUUUAAAGUAGUAAUAACACAGAUUUGAUUUUUUUUUCUACAAUUGUAUACAUAAACAUAUUUCAUAAUAAAUUUUAUAUGAAAGAUAAA